CGGUGCGAACGAACCGGAGGGGGGAGAGAGAAAUCAAACAGCUAAGCGUGGAGCAGCCGGCCGGGGACCCAGAAGGGGAUCGAUGCGAGGAGCGCAAUAAUAACAACAAUAAUAACCCACUUCGGAGCAAACAGCAUCUAAAGAGCUGCGACCCAACUGCAGCCUAAAAAAAAUCAAACCUGCUCAUGCACCAUGGUUGUUCAAACUCGGUACCCUUCGUGGAUUAUUUUGUGUUACAUCUGGCUGCUUGGCUUUGCACAUACAGGGGAGGCGCAGGCUGCGAAGGAAGUACUAUUACUGGACUCGAAAGCACAACAAACAGAAUUGGAAUGGAUUUCCUCUCCACCCAGUGGGUGGGAAGAAAUUAGUGGUUUGGAUGAGAACUACACUCCGAUAAGAACAUACCAGGUGUGCCAGGUGAUGGAGCCCAACCAGAACAACUGGCUGCGGACUAACUGGAUUUCUAAAGGCAACGCACAAAGGAUUUUUGUAGAAUUGAAAUUCACCUUGAGGGAUUGUAAUAGUCUUCCCGGAGUACUGGGAACUUGCAAGGAAACCUUUAAUUUGUACUAUUAUGAAACAGACUACGACACCGGCAGGAAUAUACGAGAAAACCUUUAUGUUAAAAUAGACACCAUUGCUGCAGAUGAAAGUUUUACACAAGGUGACCUUGGUGAAAGAAAGAUGAAGCUGAACACUGAGGUGAGAGAGAUUGGACCUUUGUCCAAAAAGGGAUUCUAUCUUGCCUUUCAGGAUGUAGGGGCUUGCAUAGCAUUGGUUUCUGUCAAAGUAUACUACAAGAAGUGCUGGUCCAUUAUUGAGAACUUAGCUGUCUUUCCAGAUACAGUGACUGGUUCAGAAUUUUCCUCCUUAGUUGAGGUUCGUGGGACAUGUGUCAGCAGUGCCGAGGAAGAGGCAGAAAACUCACCCAGGAUGCACUGCAGUGCAGAAGGAGAGUGGUUAGUACCCAUUGGAAAAUGUAUCUGCAAAGCAGGCUAUCAGCAAAAAGGGGACACUUGUGAACGUAAGUAA